AUACGUCAUCAGGGGGCGCCCCUUCUCUUACCCCCACGUGGGUGUUUCUCCCGCAAGGUGCGGGGCUGCGGUAGCCGCCCGGGAUGGCGCUGAGCAAGGCCGGGGCGCUGAUGGUGACUCCCGGGGAGCUGGUCCUGGGCGGGGCUAGGACUGCCGCAGUGCGGCGACUCCUGGUGCGCUGGGUGCAGGGCCCGGCGGGCGGCGGCGGCGGGCCGCCCCCGGAGAACGUGGUGCGGAUCUCCCGGGCCAUGCAGCUGCGGCUGGCUCGGGAGCCGCCCAGGCGGGGCCAGAAGGUGCCGGUGGUUCCGACCCGGGCGGGGAAGCUGGUGUUGCGGAGCCGGCGGCCGCAGCUGAGCCAGCCUCGCUGCCUGACGCUGGGGCGCUGGGAGCGGCCGGUCCUGGUCUCGGGGGGCUGGAAGCACCGGCGCUCCUGCGGGGACUACUUCCAGCUGGAGCGCUCCCAAGAGCAGGCGCCGGCCCUGCGGCCUCCCAGAGCCACGGGAAGGGACGGCUCCUUCCAGGCGCUGGGGCUGGGACCGGCGCUGGUGUCCGCCCUGCAGACCCUCUCCAUCACCCAGCCCACGGCCGUGCAGCGCCGCGCCAUUCCCGCCCUGCUGCGCGGGGGCAACGCGCUCUGCGCGGCUGAGACAGGCAGCGGCAAGACCCUGGCCUAUCUCCUUCCGCUGUUCCAGAAACUCCUGUCUCGGCCCUCGCUGGGCCCGACCUGGCCGCCCUCCCCUCGCAGCCUGGUGCUGCUGCCCUCCCGGGAGCUGGCGGAGCAGGUGCGCACCGUGGCCUCCUCCCUGGGCCGUUCCGUGGGACUGCGGGUGCGGGAGAUUGGCGGUGGCCGGGGCAUGGCCAGCGUGAAAAACCAGCUCCGCUCGGAUCCCGAUGCCGACUUGCUGGUGUCCACGCCUGGGGCCCUGUGCAAGGCGCUGCGGAAGCGGAUGGUGAGGCUGGAGCGGCUGUACUGUCUGGUGCUGGAUGAGGCUGACACCUUGCUGGACCCCACUUUCCUGGAUCUGGUGGAGGAGGUGCUCAUGCAAGCCCCCAUCGCCCACAGUCCCAAGGAGGUGGCCGACCAGUGGGACACCAAAACCCAGCUAGUGAUCGUCGGAGCCACCUUCCCUGAAGGGCUAGGUCAGUUGCUGAGCAAGGUCACCAGCCUGGGCCACUUCACCACCCUCACCAGCCAGAGCUUGCACCACCUCCUGCCCCAUGUCCAGCAGAAAUUCAUCCGCAUCAAAGGCAGCGACAAGGCAUCUGAGCUACUGCAGCUCAUCAAAGACCAGGGCCCCUCUAACGGAGCCCUUCUCAUCUUCUGCAACAAUGCCAGCACCGUCAACUGGUUAGGCUACAUCCUAGAUGAUCACAAAAUCAAGCACCUGAGGCUACAGGGACAGAUGCCUGCAGCAAUGAGAGCAGGAAUUUUUAACACCUUCCAGAAGGGACAAAGCGAUGUCCUCAUCUGCACGGAUUUAGCCUCCCGUGGACUGGAUACCAGCCGUGUGGAGCUAGUAAUCAACUAUGACUUCCCAUCCACGUUGCAAGACUAUCUCCAUCGGGUAGGGCGGGUUGGGCGUGUAGGCAGCAAGGUGCCUGGGACUGUGGUUAGUUUUGUAACCCAUCGUUGGGAUGUUGAUCUGGUGCGGAAGAUAGAGACUGCAGCCCGGAGAAGGACCAGUCUCCCUGGGAUGGAGUCUGCCAUUAAGGAGCCUUUGCCUAAAACAGACCUGACUCAGGCUGACAAACAAUGAAAUGCUAAUGUUCAAAUUGGAUUUAGGGUGCUGAUAAUGACUUCUAUUGGAGACUAAAUCAGCUAAACUUCGUUUCGUGAGUCAGAAUGAGGAUAUGGGCAAAGAAACAACAUAACAAAAGUGUUAAAGUUGCCAGUUCUGCCUGGUUAGUUACUGGCAAGUGCACUGAUGCAUAUCAGUAUGACCUGCUACUUCAUGCUUUUCUAAAUCUAAACAAAUGUAACAGACCCCACAACUAACAAAUAAAUGCUAAAUUUUUCCUCUGUUUAGUAA